AUGUCUUGGUCCCAAGUGUCAGAAAAUCGCUGGGAGCGUCCCUCAAAUUCCAUUGAGUCAUUCUAUACUCUUAUAGGGGACGUUUCGGGCUCACUCUUCGAAGGCCGCCGCCAGUAUAUGAUAUUCUCCCGGCUCAAUGUGGAUUUGCAAAUUCCAGAUGCCGAGGUAGAAGACGCACUACGCUAUGCGUGGAAGCAAGUUCGUCAUGAGCAGCCGCAGAUAGCUCAGACGGCGGGAGAGGGAUUCAAGAAGGUCUACCAAGUCCCCGAUGAAGAUGCCCUUCAGCUAUGGUUAGAUCGGACAUUUAUCGUAUCUGAUACGGAAGAUGGUGACGCCCUUGCGAAUGACGCACCACCGAUUCAGCAAGCUACUUUCUACUAUGUGCGCAAAGCCUCGCAGCUUGUUAUCCGAGCUCACCAUAGUGUCAUCGAAGGGGUAGGCAUGACGCUUCUAUGGCAUACAUAUCUCACCGCUUUGAUGAAUCCGAAUCUCAAAAUGGAAUUCGGAGAGGAAGCUAUUCGCCUAUCACCUUCGCUCGAAAAAGCCAAAGGCUAUUCCGAUGUUCUACCGGCAGAUGCUGUGGCCAAGGGGUCACAGACAGCUACUGAUGCGCUGCCUUUUUACCCGGGUAUCGGCCCCGUAAGUAAAGUGGGCACUGUUCCGGUGGGGCCUACACAGAUGCGCGAAUACAGAUUCUCGGAACGAACAACCCAGGCCAUUAUCCAGGCUUGUAAAAAGGGUGGGUUCACGGUGACCGCCGCAGUGCACGCUGCUUUCGCCUUGACUAUCGCCAAACAUGCCGAUUCUACACUCAUUACCGACAAAUCUAAGUACCUUACGUUCUUUCAAUUGAACCUUCGCCCCUACCUCCCGGAGCCAUAUAACUCCAGCGAAUAUGCCGUGGCGCUCUACUACACCACCUGGCCCUUAGUCCUUGAAAUACCCCAUGAUUUCCAGCAACUUGUGCAAGUCAUUGCUGACAAAUACAAAAGCGUUUGCAAAGCUCUUGCGGAGAACAUGGCUUUAUCCAAUUCGGUCCAGAGCACUAUCCUUCAGUUCGCGAUGAAUCCAGAGUUUUUGACUCUACCCCCUGCUCGUGACGCCGUAUUCAGCAGUGUUGGUAUUGUCGAACGCUACCUAAAGCAGUCUUAUGCUUCCGCCGACAAUAAUAGAAGGGUGAUCGUUGAGGAUUUCAAGAUGGGUCUUGAAGUCGUUAUGUCGCAGCCCUUGUGUACUUUCUAUACAUUCCGCAACCAGAUGCGAAUGAUUUACAGCUUCAACGAAUCCUACGAUGACGAAGCCCUCGUUCAGGCGUACUUGAAAGAUGUGGAGAAUACUCUAUUGGAGAAACUUCUGGCUUAA